AUGAUCAUACGGAAAGCAGUAUUCUUCUUAGGAUUAGUCACAAUACUUUAUGCAUCAGAUGACCCCACACAAAAUAGGAAAUCAUCGCUUCAUUUUACACCAAAAGUGAUAAAUUUGUACAGAGAAAAGGUGCGAAGAAUGUUCUAUCAUGCCUAUGAUGGAUAUUUGAAUCACGCAUUUCCUCUAGAUGAACUGAAACCAAUAACAUGUGUUGGACAAGACACUUGGGGAUCUUUUUCACUGUCAUUGAUUGAUGCAUUAGAUACUCUUCUUGUUAUGGGGAACACAACUGAAUUCCGGAGAGCUGUCGCUUUAGUACUCGAGAAGGUUCGAGAUGACGCAAAUGUGAAUGUAUCAGUUUUCGAAACCAAUAUUCGAGUAGUUGGAGGCCUAAUUUCAGCACAUAUGCUAGCUGGAAGACAUAAAGAUCUUGUCGCUGACUGGCAAGGCUAUCCAUGUGAUGGUCCUCUCUUAAAACUUGCCGUUAAAAUGGCUGAUCGUUUAAUGCCUGCUUUCAAUACAGAAACUGGAAUGCCUUAUGGAACUGUUAAUUUGAAGUAUGGAGUUCACAAAGAUGAAACUCCAAUUACUUGUACAGCUGGAGUUGGAACAUUUAUUAUCGAAUUCGGAACACUUUCUCGAUUGACUGGAGAUGAUAAGUAUGAGAAGGUUGCACUGAAAGCUCUCGAUGCACUUUGGUCGACUCGAUCUCCGAUUGGACUCGUUGGAAAUCAUAUAAAUGUUCAAACUGGACAAUGGACAGCAACCGAUUCUGGAAUUGGUGCAGGUGUCGACAGUUAUUUUGAGUAUUUAGCGAAGGCAGCAUAUCUAUUCAAGAGACCAAGUUUAAUGAAACAAUUCCACGCUCAUGCAACAGCAAUCAAUAAACAUGUCAGAAAAGAUGACUGGUUUAUGUGGGUGUCAAUGGCGAAAGGAGCAGUUUCACUUCCAAUUUUCCAAUCACUCGAGGCUUUCUGGCCCGGAACUUUGACUAUGGUCGGAGAUGUACAAGAUGCUUCGAGAAUCAUGUUGACUUACUCAGAGGUUAUUCGGAAAUAUGGGUUCCCACCGGAAUUCUAUAACAUACACAAUGAAGAACCUGCUGACAAAAGAGCUGCAUUCCCACUGAGACCAGAGAUGGUCGAAUCAUUGAUGUAUUUGUAUAGAGCAACAAAAGAUGAGACUUGGCUGGAACUUGGAGCGGAAAUGGUUGAUGCUAUUGAAUCAUCAGCUCGUACGAAAUGUGGAUAUGCAACAAUCAACAAUGUCAAGGAACACAAUAUCGAAGAUCGAAUGGAGUCAUUUUUCCUCGCCGAGACAACAAAAUAUCUGUAUUUACUAUUUGAUACAAAGAAUUUCAUUCACUCAAAAGGAGAUCAUGCUCGCAUCUUAACCAGCUCGAAGAAUCUAACGUGUAUUCUUUUUGGAGGUGGUUACAUCUUCAAUACAGAAGCACAUCCUGUUGAUCCAGGAAUGCUGGAUUGUUGUAGUAUUCAAGCGAAACGAGAACAAGAAGUAGGAGAGAAAGAAGUAAACAAUGGAGAUCAUCAUGAAAAACGAGAACUCACUGAACAGGGAGGAGAGAAAUAUUACGAAAAUCAGUACGGAAAAGAAGAAAAUCUGAUAGAAUUCGAAGUUGAUGAAAAAAUGAAAGAGGAAGCAGAACGCAAGAGACAGGAAGAAGAAGCACAGAAAAAAUCAGAAGAGUCUAGAAAAGCGAUGGAUAAAGUACGACAGUUUUUGAUUAAGGCUCAUCUGAAAGAUGAGGAAAAACAGAGAAAUGGGGAAACUUCUGAAUCUGCGAAAAAGUUUAUGGAUCAGCUACUGAAAGCAUAUCCUAAUCACACUUCUGAAAUGGAGAGUCUCAAUAAAGAAGCGCUUAUCGAGUUUGAAGAAAUUCAACAUUUGAAUGAUAUUCGAGAAAUUGUUCGUGAUAUUCCGAUUCCUGAUGUAUUUUGUGAACGGUGCUGUUAUCCACUUCAUGAAAUAGUCGACUCCGUCGCACUUCGAGUGUUGAUGGCUGAUGUUUAUGAGUACCAUAUUUAUCCGAAAAGAAAGGUCAACUUCCAUCACGGACCUGUUUGUUGGAUCGAGGAAACUCCACGAAUUGAAGAUGAUUACAAAAAUGAGCCACCGAGUGUUCACACCGAUAAAUGGAAGAGCCCGCUCUACGACAGUGAUAUGGUAGUGUUGAGUAGUUUUGUUGGAGAUGAUGAAACCGAGGCAGUUCGAAAGUUCGGAUUCAAUCAUCUUCUGGCUCCAGGAUACAGGAAAUUGGAUAGACUUAUCGCAGGUCAAAAUGUUGCUACGAGGCGGAAGAAGUCUUGGUAUUAUGAAGUUUAA